AUGACAGCGACCAAGACUGCGACCACGCUACCCCAGGCUCAAACCAGGUCGCCAGGGACGCAGCAGCGAACUGGACCCGAAGCCGCGGCCCCGCCGAGCUCCUCUGCAGACCGCGCUCGCCUCGCCCUGGUGCGUUUUCGCUCCUCCGUCCCCCGGGCUCGGCGGACACCGCUGGAGAGAUGCCCGCGGAGGGCCUCCCGGGCUCCCGGACGCUUCGGAUUUUCCUUCGGAGGACGAGUGGGCGAGCUGAGGGCGCCUCCGCCGGCCCUUAGGCUGCGCUCCCGGGCGGAACUCCCGGGCCCAGCGCUUGACCUAGACCCAGCAGCGCCCCGCGCUAGGAGGGAACGCGCGGAGCAGAUGCCGCCCGACGUAGGGAGGCGACCCCCGCAUCCUCUCAGCCCCAACGGCAGGCCAAGGUCCGAGCCUCCUCAGCCGCCGGGUGCGCGCCCGGGCUGGACGCCACGCGCAGAGCUUGACCCCGGAGCGGGGCGGGCAGGCUGGGUGCGGAGGCACCGCGCUCGAGGGGCUGCGGAGCUCCCGACAAAAGCCCUUCCCAGUGCCGGUGCCCAAAGCGACGUCCUCGGUGGGGAGCCGCCCUUGCGCCCCUCAGUCCGGUGUCCCCCGGUCCGGCGGAUCGCCGCAGGGCGGUGCGACGGGAGCGCCCGCGCCGCAGCUCCGGCUCGGGUCAGAUCUGGCAUCUCCGGUCAGAAGACGCAACUCCCAGCACCCGCCCGGGGAGGAUCCUCGCGCCGCGACCACCGGACACCGCCGCGCCACAGCCCGCGGUGUGCAGAGUGGGCUGCUCCGCCCGCGCCGCUUCCCCUCACCUCGGCCGCCCCAGCGAGGCGAAAAAAAAUAAAACGAAAACGGAAAGAGCCCCGACCGGGAGCCCGGAACACACGAGGGCGACUGGACCUCGCGCAGAGCCCGCGCCGCCGGGGGGCGGCGGGCCAGCCCACCAACCAGACCCCGCUCCAGGGCGGGCCAGCGAGGCGCCCUCCUCCCCGCCUCACCGGGCCGGGGCAGGUCCUCGGUCCCCAAGGCGUGGGGAAGACGAAGGAUGCCUCCCUCGAGCUGGAGGCCAGCUCGGGUCCUCCACGUGUCCAGCCUGGCAGGUCGGGCGCCGCCCCACUCCCUUCCCAGCCCGACAGGAUCUUGCAGUCCCUGCGUCGCCACCCCACGGCCCCGGGCCUGACUGGGCGCCUGCACCGCCGCGGCGUGGCGCACGUCUUAAGUCCCCGGGAGGUUAGAUUCUUGGAGAUAGCAAACAACUCCUUCCAGAUUAUGCACUUCAAAUACAAACCCACCCACCCAGAGGCCACAACCCCAAUCUCCUCUUUCAUUGAGUACUCUGGGCCAGGGCUCACAGCCUGCAUCACCCAGGACCAGAGAGCGAAGGACCAGGGGCCGCCGCCAGCGGAGCAGGGCGGCCUGCGAGGCCCCCGGAGCGCCGGGGCCUUUCCGUGUGCACCCCACCCAGAAAUCUCAGGCACCGCGCACCGGGUCCGGGAUCCUGGGAACAGGACAAGGGAUGCCACCUCCCGACCCCAGACCCCAAGGCUGCCCCCUCGCCCGGACCCCACGGCUGCCCUUCGCCCGGACCCCAGACCCCACUGCUGCCCCCCCGCCCGGACCCCACGGCUGCCGCUCGCCUGGACCCCAGACCCCACGGCUGGCCCCUCGCCCGGACCCCGGACCCCACGGCUACCCCCUCGCCCGGACCCCAGACCCCACGGCUGCCGCUCGCCUGGACCCCGGACCCUACGACUGCCGCUCGCUCGGACCCCAGACCCCACGGCUGCCCCCUCGCCCGGACCCCACGGCUGCCCCUCGCCCGGACCCCGGACCCCACGGCUGCCCCCUCGCCCGGACCCCACGGCUGCCGCUUGCCCGGACCCCGGACCCUACGACUGCCGCUCGCCCGGACCCCAGACCCCACGGCUGCCGCUCGCCCGGACCCCACGGCUGCCCCUCGCCCGGACCCCGGACCCCACGGCUGCCGCUCGCCCGGACCCCAGACCCCACGGCUGCCCCCUCGCCCGGACCCCACGGCUGCCCCUCGCCCGGACCCCGGACCCCACGGCUGCCCCUCGCCAGGCCCGCUCCGGGCCCUUCCUUCCCGACCGUGACCUCCCUCUCGCGCGGGAAGGGAUGCGCCUCUUCGCGGAAUCCAGGGCACCAGGCUGCUCCGGCGCGAGGCCCGAGGCCGCACUGAGCGCGGACUGA